GUUUACAGGCGGGUCAUUGAAGGUGAUCGGUCUAGUUAACCUGAACUAUUUACUCAUCCACACGAUAUGAUGGAAAUCCAUGACUUGUGAAGUUCAAUAAUAAAUCCUAUUAUCAUGAAAACUCAGAGUCUUCCGGAACGUCUUGCAGAAUAUUUUGUGAUUUGUGGCUUGCCCAAGAAUCCAAGUACAUAUGACGUUUCCAAGAUUCUUACACAUGCUGAGGAGAUAAUCGCUCCCAAUACUUCGAUUGACUUCACGCGAUUCCCUGAACCUAUUGUUGAUAUUAAGAUUGUUAGUUUAAGAGAGAAAGAAGAAAUACCGGAAGGGUAUACAUCUAUUAAAUACAGUGUCUCUGGAAAACACAAAGCCAACAUCCUUUUGAAUUUUGGAGAGGAGGCCUGUAUAUGUUACCGUAGAGGACGAGAUCAACCAUUUAUAAAAGAUAUCGACACUUUGGGAGAGAAACAAUGCCCUAAAACUAACGCGGUGGUUUUGUCAAAAACUAUUGGAGGUCGUGCUGCGGACUUACCCAGUUCUUUAACGAACCGUUUGUUUUUAUCAUAUCUACGAGGUACUGCCGAGAACAGCAUUGACUGCCUAGCAGUAACUGAUCUAUGUAUUAUCAUUCCGGAAAAACAAGAGACUUGUCCUCCAGCUUACCGACAAGUCACGGAACCUAUAUGUAUAAGUUCAUUCAGAUUAAAAGCCUAUAUUUGUUAUCGCAAGUCACUUGUAAAACAAUGUAUAAUUUCCUAUAAACCUGAGGUAUUAUAUUGGUAUAGAGUUCCAAGCGUUGAUUACAAUUUUUCAAAUCCCAGUAUACAUAAUGAAAAUUCGCAGUAUCCCUUGGUUGUUCCCAACAAACCAUCUAGUGACCCUCCUGAAAUGUGUGACCAACUCAACAAUGGGAUGGAUGAUAAAACCUGUUCAGAUUUUACACCAGCAUCUCAAGUUGCUCCAUUAGAUCCAGAUAUAUUUCAAGUAGCCAAUUUCUGUCUUCCAUGGGGUGCAUCAAUUGAAUCAUGGUCUGUGAAUCAAGAUCCACCUGAAGUUAAUUCUUUCACAUUUAUGCUUACAAAUGAAGCCUACCAAAAGCUUUAUGGUGUUGCACUUACUUUCUAUGAACCUUAUAUUGAAGAAUUAGAUCUACAUAAAUGCUACUGUUUAGGAGUUGAUCCAGAGUUAAUUAAUUCCAGAUCUAGUACAGAUUCAGUAAAUCAUGAAUAUGAUCCUAAUGAAGAGGCAAUAGCUAAACGACAACGUCAUUUUUUAGCAUCACGUGUUGGUGAUCGUGUUAUUGGUGUGACGAAAACUCUUUGUAUACUUUCUCGUUGGUCAUUCACUUUACCAUUUUCUAAUUUUUUGGGAUUUCUAUACAGUCGAUGUUUGUUAUCAAAUAAUUUGGAUAAUAUUCCAUUUGAACGGUAUUUAGGUUAUUUCUUAUUUGAAAUUCCUUUUCCUGAUCGAGCAAUACCAAGUAUAUCUGUUGAUCUAUGUGCUGCUCCUAUUCUAAUUCAACGUCCAGAUGACACUAAUGCAUCUUCUUCAAGUUGUGAAUCAUUCUUUCGUCUUUUGGAUAAUUUAAGUGUGGAUUUAAUUAUUCAGUUAUUGGUUCAACUACUUACUGAACAAAAAAUUCUUAUGUCAUCUGUACGACAUUCAGUAUUGAGCGAUAUUGGUGAAGCUCUAAUAUACAUGAUAUUCCCAUUGAAAUGGACAGUUGUAUAUAUUCCAUACAUAUAUAUGGGCUGUAUUCAUGUGAUUCAAUCACCUUCACCAUAUUUAAUUGGAAUGGACUCAAGAUUUUUUGACUUUUUCCGUUUACCACCUAAUGGUGGCAUUGCCUAUCUUGACUUGGAUACAAAUAAUUUCAAGCCACCAUUAGCACCGGGUCAACCAAUAUUUGAUUCAAAAGUUCUCCCCAAAAAACCAUUGAAGCAAUUAAAAACAAGAUUAUUAGAAUUAAAAGAGAAAAUAUUUCAAAUGAAAAAUACUCGUAAAACAUCAUCUAAAAUGAUACCUAGAAAUAUGAUGUUAGAUUGUAUGUUUUCAACAUCAAAUUCAGAAUUAGCUCAAGAUGAAUUAAUUAAAGUUCGUAAACGUUGGUUACAAGAACUCAAUGAAAUGACACAAAUUGGUUCAUGUAUUAAAGAAGCACUUCUACAAUUUAUGGUACAUUUAUUGAAAGAUUAUCGUUUAUGUCUUGUACCAGUUCGUAAUUCUCAAACGGAUAUUAUGUUUAAUAUUGAACAUUUCUUACGAGAAUGCGCUGAUAAGCAUACAAUACCGUUUUAUCGUGCUUUAUUCGAAACACAACAAUGGAAUAAUUUUGUUCGUGAUCGAAUUUACGCUUCAUCACGUGAUGAAGAAUUGGAUUAUUUCGAUAAUCGUAUUGAAUUAUUGCUAGAAAGUGAAUCGAAAUCUCGACCACAUCAUCAUCAACAUCUUCAUCGUUCUCGUAAUAAUAUUAGUUUAACAACUAUGAGUAAUAUAUUCACAAUUAAACGAUCGGCAUCAUCGUCUCAUGAACAACUGAGCAUUACAAAUAAUCAUAAUAGUAAUAGUAGUAGUAAUAAUCAUCUGAGCUAUGCUGAUCAUAAUAAUCAUUCAGAAGAUCGAUCAGUGUCAAGUAACACAUCGAUCAAAGAUAGAUCGGAUGAAUCGACGGAUUCACAGCUUUCAAGUGAUUUAGGGCUUUUACCUAAUAAUAACAAUCUGUGUAUAACAGUUAUUAGUCCUCCAUGUUGGCCAGUUCCUGAAUUCGUCGACACACCUCAACUGCAACACUUAUUAUGGACAAAAGAACAUUCACUCGGUUUUUUUCCAACUAAUAUUAAUUCUACAUUAUUAGACUUAUUAGCUUCAAGAGCAUUUCUUUUAAAAGCUACUUUGUCAAAUAAUUCUAUAAUCACACCAAUGUUUAAUGUUAAUGAUAACCCUGAUAAUUCCACUCUAAUUACUACAUUGAUAACAUCAGUACCAGAAGAGGUUAAAAAUAAAGAGAAUUGCAUUUCUUCUAAUUCUACCAUCUGUAGUGAUAUGCUUUUAUCACCAACUCCUGUCAACUGUUGGUCAAAAUCCCCAGUAAAUACCAAUAUAAUAAACCAUAAUCCAGAUUCUCGAACACCGACUGGAAUGUCAAUAUUAAUGAUGACAAAACUACAACUUAACACUACUCAAAGAUUUGGCUCAUUAAUGUUAGUAAACAGUCCAUCUCCACUAAUUAUUCGUUCAAAUCGUCCAGAGAAUACGAGUUUAAUUGGUUUGAGUACAAAAUAUUGUUUACCAGUGAAUAAUGCAACUAUUUUAAAGCGUACAUCGCAAGAAUUACGAUAUACGCUAAAUCAUUGUAUUAACAUUUCAGAAACUGAGGAUUAUAUGAAAGUCAAGUAUUUAGCAGGAUCUGCCUAUUCAAUUUGGUUUAUGUUAUUACCAGGUUAUCUAUCUUCUGUGUAUAAAUACUAUACAGAUGAAAUUGACAAUAUAAAUCAUUGUGUGAAUAAAACUGAAAUUGUUAAUGAAUAUCAUAAUGUACAACAACAGAGUGAAAGUACAGGGUGUAAAUUAUUCAAUCCUGUUAUUAGUAACAACAAUAACGAUAAUAAUAAUAAUAGUAAUAAUAAUGGUAAUUAUCUUGAAGUGACGAAUGUAAUUAAACAAAUUAUAAUUCAAUCGCUUGGUGUAUACAAGAGAAUACACGACUAUGAACUUGAAGUUCCUGAUCAGGUUGCUUUACGAAUAUUGUUAGUGUUAUUGUAUCAAAAUCGUAUUGAAAAUUUCGAUUUACUGAAGUUCAUUAAUUCAGUAGACUGGUCAUCAUCGUCAUCUGGAAUUGCGAAUCAUAUUUACAAAGCAUUUGAGAAAGAGCUGAGAGAACACGAAAGAUUGGAAAACGAACGUUUGAUGUCCACAUCUAAACAUCAUAGUCAUCGUCGUUCGGCUUCUGCCGAUACUGAACUGAUUCCAUCUACACAAAUUAAUAGUUCUGAAAAUACAACUGGCGUCAUAGUACCUCAACCGUUUAAUUCAUCUGAUGAUCUUACUGAUCAAGGAUAUUCAACAUUGAAUAUACAUGAAGAUAAGACAAGUUCAGAUCAAGACUGGUCACCUGUUGUUGACCAAUCUACAAAUAUCAACAAUGAUUCGAUGUCAUGUGUUGUUUCAACCGAUGAUAAUCAUCCACUUCCAAUGGAACAACAUCAACGAAUUCAAGAAUUAACAGAAAAUCAUCAAGAAUCAUCUGUUAUUGGUAACGGUGACGACACUUUAUGUCAUCACAGUUCACAGUCAAAAGAACACAUAACUAGUUGCAGUUCAAAUACUGUCAGCCAAUCUAUACCUUCUUCCAGUUUAAAUUGUCUUCAAACAUCAAGCUUGAGUAAUGUUGAACAAUCAGAUCCAACUAUAGUUAUUGGUAAUGAUGAUGAAAAUAAUGUAACACACGUAAGGGAAAACCCUUCAUCAAUAGUGGAGAAUCAUAUUAGUGCUCCUGACACUGUUAAGUCUGUCUCUGCCUCAGCUGACGUUAUUAAUGAUCACAACAAUAGUAGUAGCAGUAGUAAUGGUACCAAUCUCAGUGAUGAUGAUUCAUGCGCAGAUGAUGAUGAAGAUUCUGAAAAUGAACACAUUCAUUACGGAUAUAAUUUACUAUCAUCAGCGCUAUCAAAAAUCAAACGUCCAUUCCUUCAACAUUAUAAUACUUCGCCUGCUACUACGACUACUACCACUCAUAAUCCGUCAUCGUAUCAUCGUACUCCUUAUUCACAUCAUAGUAGUAUAGAUGUGACUCGAGAUAAUAAACAUUUAUUAUUUUCAAAAUCAUCUAGACAAUCAUUUGAUGAUAAUUCUUCGUCAAUUAAUGUUAUAAGACAAUCAGCGCAUCAUCAAAAUAUUAUGACUAGUAUUCCGACUACCACUACUACCACUUCUGUUACUACUACUAAUGAUAAUUCAAAUUUGACAGCUACACUUGUGGAUAAUAAUAAUAAUAAUAAUGUUGAUAGUGAUGAUGAUGAUGAUGAUGUUGAAGACAACGAUGAAGACAAUGAAGAUGCUAAUGCACAAACCAAAGUUUCAGUUGUUCAUAAUGCACUGAACUUUUUUAAUAGAUCUACAUCGGAUUUUAUCAAUCGUAUCAAUAUGAAUCGAUCUUUAUUAGAUUGGCGUUCUCUUAUUCCAAGUUUAUCCACAAAUCCAACUCCACAAUCAGGUAGACGUGCAACUACUUCAAAUUGUUUUACAGGUUCAAAUUUAGCUAAUCAACAUGGAGGUUGUCAUGUUCAACCACAAAAUCAAUAUUAUCCUUUACCACCGCAAUAUCAACCACAAAGUGAACGUAUUUCACGUGUUUCAUGGUCUAAACCAUCAUGUAUAGAAAUGAAAAAUACUGAUUCAACUUAUAAUCAAUCUUCUGAUAAUAUCCCAUAUACUAAUACACAUAAACUAUCAGACUCUGGAUAUCUUGUAAAUCCAAUGAAUAGUAGAUUAUUGGAUAUGAAUUAUCAUUAUUAUGACAAUUACUAUAUCAAUAGUAAUGGUAAUUAUCAAUUAACUAGACAAUUUCCACAAGUUAAUAAUGCUUUAAAUAGUGUUUCAUCAAAUCAUUAUGAAUGUGAGUAUCAUCCUUCAGCUAAUCACGUGGAUGAUUCAAACUCGCUGAAUGAUAUGUGGAUCAAUGUCGCUGGUCCAUUACUGGUUGGCGAUGUUAAUCGGCGUAUAUCACCUGCCAAUACACGUACAAUACAUUUGCAACAGUGUUUAUACCAACAAUAUAUGUACAAUAGUACAUCACCAUUAUCGGUACCAGCUCCAUCAUUUUAUGUCAAUCAAAAUGAAUCAUCUCAUGUUAUCCCAACACUGAAUAAUACUUAUCAUGGAUUAACAACACCAAAGCAUGAUAAUUCAACCACUUCAAUACCAGUUACAGUAGCAACAAUAACAACUCCAAAUAUUGCUUCACAACAGCUGACUUUGAAUCCAGAUGAUCAUCAAACAACUUCAGUAGUUAGUGAUUCUCGUUUAUUUUCAAAAAUCACAACACCAACUGUCCAAUCACAAUCCCCGCUUCGUAGCCAUAGUGAUAACAAUAGUAAUAAAGAAUCAUCACCAUCUUUUUCUUCCACAUCGACAACAAUAUCAGAUGGUAGCCAACUUCCUAACGUUAAUGGAAACAAUAAUAAUAAUAUUAUUACUCAUUUGAAUGUAUUCAUCACAACUUGUUCCACAUGUCCAAAGUGUAAACAUUAUGUUUAUGAUGAAGAGAUAAUGGCUGGUUGGUCUACAGAUGAAAAUGAUCAUAGAACAUUUUGUCCAUUUUGUAAAACUUACUUUAUACCACAAUUGUCAAUACGUAUAUUUGGUGAUACAUGUGGAGGUGGUGGUUAUAAUCAGUCAGCAAAAUUACAACAACGUCAACAGUCAAGAGAACAACACUUUCGUACAACUUUUUCUCAGUCGUCGAAUAAUCCGUCCACUCUCCAGUGUGAUAGAAAUGAUUCAACUGAAUCAAUUCAAUUUAAAUCAUGCACCUCAGCACCAGUGCAAAGUACUUCUAUGGGUCUAAUGGAAAUGACCUUUUCUUAUUUAAGUCCAUUUGUCAUUAGAAAAUCUUUAGAAACUAUUAUUCAAAAUGAAGGUGAUGAAUGUUUACAUUGUCAAUCAAUUCAAUAUUCUUUAUUACAUCGUCAUACUCAAUUAACAUGGAAUUUAGUAUGGUUAAUGUAUCGUUUAGGUUUACCAACAUAUUUAUUAGAUUCAUUACCAUUAUGGAUAAUGAAUUAUCAAAUUGAACAACGUAUUAAAUUUAAAACAAAUCCAUCACAUACUCAUCGACAUCAUCAUCAUUGUUCACAACAGUGUAAUUGUAAUAAUAAGCAAAUACAUAAUAACCAUUCAAUUAUAUUUACUGAUGCACUUUAUCAAGUUCAUUUAUCCCCCAAUUUACCUGUAUAUAUAUCAUUACGUUGGAAUGCAACACAUCCUGUACGAAGCGUUAUGAGAAAUUCAUUGUAUAAAUAUUGGUCCAAUUUUAGAAAUUCAGAUCAAAAUUCACCUUGGUCUUUGGUUAGAGUGACCAGUUCACAAGAAACUUUGAAUCCACAAACUAUAAAUAGUAAUGGGAAUAGUUGUUGUUCAAUUCAUGCAACUAUUGAUCAGUUGAUUAAUGCUAUUAAAAAUGAUAAUAUGCGAUUUGCUGUAGAAUAUCUCAUACAAAUACGUGCACAUCUACAAUUUAAUUCUUCAUUACCAUUAACUAUUACACAAUCACGUACAACAUUUUCACCGCCACCAUCAUCAUCAUCACCAUUAACAACAAUCGGAGCAACAACUUCACCAUCAUCAAUACAAACACAAACAUCAGAAUUAUCAUCUGAAAUAAAUAAAAAUCAGUUGAAUUCAAACAAUACAAAUCAUGUUCCAUUACAAUCUACAGUAGAGAUAGGAGAUUUUAAAAUGAGACGAAAUAAAUUAAAUCAGCAAAAUCGAUGUGGUAAUAUUGAAUGUUAUGCAGCAUGUUUGGAAAAUUCACUUUAUCGUGAAUUAUUAUUUUUAAUUGUACAAGCAUUGUCACGAACAUCGUUGGAUCUAAUGUCAUUCGACGAAAAAUAUGAUAUAGUUUAUCGAUCAUUCAGAAACUCUGGUUGUACAUUUCUAACUGAUUUUGACCAAUCACCAACCCUGAUAGCUUCACUUUGUCGUCAAAUGCUACGCCCGUUAACAUUGAGACCAUAAACUAUCAUUAAUUAGCUGUGUAUCGUUUUAGGCCAAAAUUACUAUAUUGAAACCUUUCCAGUUUGUUUUUUUUUCGUUUCUCUUCCUUCUCUUUGUCCACAUGAUCAAUAUGAAUGACUGGAAGACUCCAUGAUAUGAUGAACCAUUCUAUCUCAUUAUGCAUCAGUCAAUCAGUGAAUUAUUCAUAUGUUUUCUACUUACAUUGUCAUAUUUAUAUAUGUAUUUUGUUCAUUUGUCAAUCAUGUAUUGUCGGUGUGUGUGUGUGUGUGCGGAUGAAUGAAUAGAUGGAUGAUGAACGUGUGUACGUACACCUCAGUUAUUGGCUGUGAAAAGGAAAUAUAAUCAUGUUACUAAAUUGAUUUACAUUCAUCUAAUUUCAUUAUUCUUACUUGUUGAUUCUUUUUUUUUCUUUCUUAUUUAUUUUUGUGCAACUCAUUCUUAGUUUUGUUGUUAAGAUGAGAACUUAUUUUGUGGUUAUAUAUCAUCACUAUUCCUGUUAAAUAUUACUUGUAUUACAAAUGAACAUUGUUCGUUAUUAUUAUUAUUGACCACUUAGCUAAAACUAGCUUAUUGUGCAAUGAUGAUCAUUAUGAUACUUUGUAAACAAAUUUCUUAAUCCUUUCUCUCUAUUCAUUGUCAUUAUUCAUUCAGUUGUCUUAUUCAUUCACUACUGUCAUUAUCAUUACUAAUUAUAAUUACGUUCAUAUAUCUAUCUAAUUCGUAUAGUACUAUUCAAUACAACGUCUAGAUAGAGAAUAUAUAUACACACUGUAUUGGUAGAUUUAUACCAUUAUACAUAUUAUUAAUAGUUACUUCAUUGCCUAUAUAACUAACUGGGGAUAAUAAUAAUAAUAAUAAUCUGCCCGUCGUCGUCGUCACCUCUGACCCCCCCCUCUCUUGUCACUCUUGUUUAAUAUAUCAUAACUAUUCUUAUACAAUUUCGAAUGUAUGAUCGAAUAGAAAUAUCGAAAGUAUUGAGAGUUAAAUAAAAAUGCAUGAAAUUAUGUCAUCAUUUAUUGUUGACUUUCAAAUAUCUAUUUGUUUGUUUGUUUACAAUUCUCUUGUGCUCACUUACUCUUACAUAAUUAUGAAUGUAUACACACAAUUUUCUUGUUGUUUAAUCUUUUUUUUUCUUUUACGAAUUUUCACUUUUCUUUUCCUCUUUCUCAAUGGAACAACAUUCCAUUCGAUAUUCUUUGUGUAUAACACUUUCAAGUUUCAUUUAUCUUUAUAUUUCUAUUCAUGUAUUACUCAUUCGUUUUAAGUAGUAGUAGUAGUAACCUACUAACGUAUCGUCAUGCUAUUCCCCUAGUAUAUUCAUAUAUAUAUUAUGCUGUCUUAUCGCAUCUUUCAAUAAGAAGGUUUCUUGUUUGUUGUUGUUGUUGUUUUUUUAUUGAGAAAGAUUAAUUUAUUACUACAGGCAUUUAUCAAGUUGUGUUGAUUUCAUUAUAAAAAAAAGAAAGAAUAAAACUUUUUAUAACUACAAUAGCUUCUUUUUUACUUUCUCUCAUUGUUAUUGUUUUAGUUGAUGAUGUGAUUUUAUCUUUUCUUUGUUUCAUUGUUUAUAAUAAUCUAAAUUGAUUAUAUAAAAUGGGUAGAUGAAUAUUAGUAGGAAGGUGUAAACCUAUCAAUUUUGAAUUAGAUAAGCACACAUAGAAGAUAUUUCUAACCUAGAUCGGAUGAUGAUAGCAACCGAUGGUUAGAGACCUUGAAUAACAUGGCUCAAAAUCGUUUGCAAUGGCGCAGGUGCAUCCAUUGUUUGUGUUCUCCCAAGUUCUAAUCUCCUGAUUCCUCCUUGUCUCUUUUUUUUCUCUUCCCAAAUUUAUUUCACUAGAUUAUACUCCUUGAAUAACACCUUCAAACCCUAAUGCUUCCGAUUACUGCUUAUACUCUUACUACCUCUAACCACCAUGGGAUUUGAAUCGACAACUGCAUCUCUGUGCUAAUAUGGUAUGGCAAGUCGAACUGAUGUACGUACGUAUGUUAGGUUUGAAAGCUUCACAAGUUCACUUAAAUCUACGAACGAGAACAAGACUAAGUGACCAAAGACCAGUAAUCUAGCUAUUGAUGCGUUCUGGCCCCGCUAUCUAGAAGGAGAAGUCCAAGUUUGGUAUGGAAAAUAUAUUCUGCAAACAGCCAGAAACGAGCCCACAAACACAAUUUAAAACGUAUUUAUACAAAUAUAUUUUAAUCAAUAUUGUCAUAGUGAAAUGUUUUUAAACUUUACUCAUUAAGUUCAUCAAUCGACAGCCAUUUAAUCGAUCAGUUCGUCAAUUGACUGCUAUUUAAUCGAUAUGAUAAAAUUACAAAUAUGAAUUUAGGGGAUAUACCGUCCCCAACAACGUACGAAGUUCUACGUUGUUGCUAACUGACUGAGAUCGGAAGAUAUGUGGAGUGAGAUGUUGAUUAGAUGCAUUGUGGAAUAAUCGGUUUCAUAUCAUUGUGUGCCUUGUUUUUACCUAAUAAAAUGCAUUGAGAUGGUAUUUGGUCAUAAGUACAUGAUAUAUGUAAUAAAUUCAACUAGCCUAUCAAUGAUUCACAGAAUUUUGUUGUUUACUGAAAAUUUACAAAACAGAGUACUAUCUGUGAUAAAUCUAGUACUAAGACAAAAUGCUCGUCUAGUGUUUCCAGAUUAUUUAGUGGUUGUCUAACUUAGUUUCAUGAAAAUUCGACAAUCUCCACGACCUCAUACUAAGAAUCUAGUAAAGACUAAAUUUCUGUUGAACGAUAGUCUAACCUGUUUCUAGAGUUAAACUCAGAUUUAUUUCAGAUCUUGUUUCCGUUUAGUAAUUAUAUUGUGUGUUCAUUGUAAGCUGUCGUUUGAAUUGUUCAUUAAUUUUCUAUCUUUUAAGUAUAAAAAAAGACUGUUUCUGAAUAUCCAACAUGUUGCUAAGGUAUUGAAAUACGACUAAAAUUAACUUAAACUGGGAUUCAGAUUCACCUUGGUAUAUUCAAUUUUCUUUAAAAAUCUCUUGUAGAAAUUAUAGUAGUUUGAAACUAAUUAAAGAGCUUACAUCUACGAAACCUACUAGGAUGGUACGUACCUGGAAGCCUGUGUCUUAAAAUAGUCUUGUAUGCUUCGAGAAUCUGAUGUUUCCUGUUUUUUUUCUUUCCAAGUCACAGAUAUAGUUAUCUAUCAAGAUUCAUUAAAAUGUCCCCUAACUAAACACUGUAUAAAACCUAGUGACAUUACGAACCUUCGUUCUAGGAAGUAAGCUGAUGUUCUAUGUUAUCCGUAAACAAACUGCCUAAAUCAAUCAUUUUUAAUGAAUUUUAUGCUAAAAGUGUGCAAGAAAAUUAGAGUAAUCCCGAUACUGUGUCGAGUAAUAAAACUAUUAAUUUCAGGCUCAUACCAAUGAGUUCUCAUUUUCUCUAAACUAUAGAAAAUCUCCCAAUACUGACACUUCCACUUAGAUUGAAGAACCGAUUUAAACGUCCCAUCAAAUUUAAAUGGUCUCCAUUAAAUUCAGAAGCUCAAGUUCCAUCAAGAUUUAAUUUGUCAACCAACAAAGUAAUUCUUCUAACGGACAAAAGUCUUGUAUCAGGCCAAAUAUAGCUCUUAAUUUCAUAAUGCAUAUGCCAAUCAUCCCUGAAUUAUUGCCCAACUUCAACACCAAUAAUUAGUUUAAUCAGGUAUGUAGUGAAGAGGAACAAAAGAUAGAAACAAUUAAUGAGGCUUACUCUGACUAAGGAACGAAUUAUGAUCUGACACAGGAUCAAAGGGAUUUCAAAUUAGAAGACUGAUUAGCUUGUUAACGGUUAGAUGAGUUGGUCUGAAUUCCAUGCGAUUUCAUACGAACAAGCCUCAUGAUUUCACAUAUUCUUAGCAUUUAACGUAAGACUUACAAACAUUGAAAUUAUUUACAUAUAAACGAUAUGAUCUUGUCUUAUUUUAUCAAUCCAGUUAUCACUGAAACUCAGUAAGUAUAUCUGCUGAUGCCAAUUAGUUAUAACGCAAAUGGAAGAAUAACCUUCGAAUAAUGCAGUCUAACUGUGGUGACGUACCACCGGUGAACUCGAGGAAGCUGUGAGAGGCUCAGAAGGAGCCGAAGACAUCUCAUCCAAUCACCUCUCGGAAGAAUAUUCUAGAAUUCCAACGUGUAGCUUCCCGAUUGGAUAAUGCUAAUAACCCCCUGUAUGCGGAUUGGAAGACUGUAAUGAUGAUUUCGUUCUCACUAAAAGCUAUAAAUACCUGACAAUUUUGUACUAUGAUUGACACUGUUUGGAAUAAUAUUCCUUUCGUUAGUCUUCUGUCUUCUUACUGCGACUUGGAAGGGUUUGGUGUUCUAGUUCUCUGUUAUACGCAGUAGUAUCAAGAAAAAUCAACUUUUGAAGAUAUAACACUAACCUUGAUAUUGUAAAACCUAUACAAUAACUGGGUAUUUUUUCAACACUCUGAUGAACAAACUUGGUAAUUAUACUGAAAUUCUUUACAAAGAAUGAAGAAAAAAGUUCUUCACUUUUCAAUGGAUUAUUUUAUUGUAUUUGAUCAUCUAGCUUCAUUUCAUCAUGAUUAAAUAUGAAAAAAUUAUCAGGAUAAUUCACUUGAUAUUUGUCGGGUGUGAAACAGUUAUCCAUCUUAGAAAAUGGAUGAAGGGUUGUUCAACAUCAUGGAUCGACUGAAGUUAUGCAUUAACACCGUUGGAUACUGGCUCAGUAGUUUAAAGGUUAAGCGUUCGUGCGCGAGACCGAAGGUCCUGAGUCUGAUUCCCGCGUGCGAAGAUGUGGGUCCCCACUACUGAGAAGUCCCAUGCUAGAACGGGAUGGCUAUUCAGUACUUUCAGGUUUUCAAUAGUGCUCUAGCUUAGAUCGAAUCGUGAAUUCGACAAUGAAAAUAACACAAACCUCCAGACUGAAAAAAAACUUUAGCUUGAAAUAAACAUUAGUCGUGAAAACGACCACAUGUUUGUGCCGACGAUUGCAUCACAAGCUAUUAGUACCUUAGCGAGAUCUGUGGAGCUUAUUGAAAUUUAUAUUUUACAUCACGAAGUUCAAACAUGGGGUAAUUACUCACUAGUGAUAUUGUAAGAUAUUUGCUCGAUGUAGCAAAUUGAUUGAAAUUUUACAGCUCUGUGAUCCAAAUGUGAAGCACUUGCUUCAAAACCUGGUGAAAGUCCUCAACUCUACACCCUGUGGUAGGCAUGUUGAUGUGCACACUGCCCACGAGUCCCUAACUAGGAUGAAACAGCUGUCCAGUGCAUCCUGAUUUUUAGCAGGUGUCUAAUUAACGUCGGUUUGCAAUAUAAUUUAUAAAGUUUGUUAAUACCUUCUAUUCCGUAAAGUAGGCCAGUUAUAACUUCAUGGAAAAAGGUGUUACUUACAAAAUGCCUUUAACUGUGGUUCAAAUUAAUAUCUUUGUAUUUCGUCUUUUUAAUAUUUUUUAUGAAGAGGUGAGUCAAUUGUAAAAGCGUUCGAUAUUCAGUCACUAAGUAGCAUGUUCAAGUGUCACUUACUAUAGUUGGAUGAACCAGUUUUUAUCACUA